CCGGUUUUGUUUCGCUUCUUGGCGCCAGACCUGCGUCGUUGGUGGCGAGCGUUCUCCCUCCCGUUAACUUGUUUGACGCCAACAAAACACUUUUCUUUCAAAUAAUUUUUCCUUCCGCUGCUCGGCGACGAGUUGGACAUCUGCUGGCACUUCUCUUCGCUUUUGUUCAUGCCGAAGGUGUUUAAACUUAUCCAGGAUGAAUUGUGAACUUCUGGCAACGUGCAGCGCUCUUGGAUACCUGGAGGGAGACACUUAUCACAAAGAAGCUGAUUGUUUAGAGAGUGUGAAAGACUUGAUCAGGUUCUUGCGCUAUGAAGAUGACACCCGUGAUGUCCGGCAGCAGCUGGGCGAAGGGCACAUCGUUGAACAUGACCUUCUGCCUAUUAUCACUCAGCAUGGCCAUGACAAAACCUUGUUUGAUGCUUGCUUACGGCUCAUGGUGAAUCUAACACAACCUGCUAUCCUCUGCUUUGGGAAGGUUCCUGAUGACCCGAUGUUUAGACAUCACUUUUUGAAAGUGACUUCUCAUUUACAAGCCUACAAAGAGGCAUUCGCUACUGAGAAGGUGUUUGGUAUUUUAAGUGAGACACUAUACAACCUGUUACAAAUGGAAUGGGAGCAGCGGCAGGAAGAAGACAACCUUCUGAUUGAAAGAAUUCUAAUGCUGGUUAGGAAUGUGCUUCAUGUACCUGCAGACCCCUUAGAGGAGAAGAAAGUGGAUGACGAUGCCAGUGUCCAUGACAGGCUGCUCUGGGCCAUUCACAUGAGCGGUUUCGAUGAUCUGGUCAAGUUUUUGGCGUCGGCCCAGAGUGAGCAGCAGUGGAGUAUGCACGUGUUGGAAAUCAUCUCCCUCAUGUUCAGAGACCAGACGCCGGACAUCUUGGUGAGUGCGGGACACGCUCGCUCGGCAGAAGAGAAGCAGAGAGACGCUUCGGAGUUGGAGGGGUUAAGGCAGAGGGAGCAGGCAGAGAAGCGUUCUCGCACACUGCAAAGAGGAAACAGACAUUCACGGUUUGGAGGGUCUUUUGUUGUCAAAGGCCUAAAGGCAAUCGGAGACAAUGAUUUGAUUUAUCACCGAAAUGUUAACAAUUUCAAAAACUACACUCACGACGUGGGUAAAGCUGUGAGACGCGUUCCCAGGCGGAAUCGACAGGCCCCGGAGUUUGUGGCCAAACGGCGCUCAGCUUUAAAUGUUCGACUCUUUCUGCGAGAGUUUUGUCUGGACUUUUUAGAGAACUGCUACAAUCGCCUCAUGUACAUUGUCAAGGAAAGCCUGAUCCGAGAGGAAUCUCAAGAGCACGACGAGACGUACUACCUGUGGGCCCUCAGCUUCUUCAUGGCCUUCAACCGCGGCAACAACUUCCGUGCCGAUUUAGUUUCUGAGACCAUGUCCACCCGUACUUUCCAUUUUAUGGAGCGAAACAUAACUAACUACUACGAGAUGCUCUUGACUGACCGCAAAGAGGCCACGUCCUGGUCCCGCAGGAUGCACCUGGCACUGAAGGCAUACCAAGAACUGCUGAUGACUGUGAAUGAGAUGGACCGAUCACAAGAUGAAAGCAUCCUCCACAGCGCCAAUGUUAUCAAAAGUAACAUAUUCUACUUAAUGGAAUAUAGGGAGAUAUUCCUGACUUUGCUGAGAAAGUAUGAUGGGACCACACAGCCCCGGUCCUAUCUUAAAGACCUCGUGGAGUCAACCCAUCUCUUCCUGCGUAUGUUAGAGCGCUUCAGCAAAGGUCGCAGGAACUUGGUGGUGCAGAAAAAGCGAGUGAAGCGGAAAAAGUCAAGGGGGGAGAAAAAACAGCCAGUUGGAGGAAGGACCCCAGAAGCUCUGGCAGACAUCUGGAAGAUUGUCGAGGGGCAACUGAAGGGUAUAAAAUUUCAGCUGUCAGAGUCUUUAACCGAGCACAUUGUGCCUUUCGAUGCUGCAUCUGAAACCCCUCUCGAGGAGCAGCGGACUGAGGCCAUGGUGCGGGUGCAGGAUGCUCUACAGGCCCAGUUAGGACCAGAGGCUUUAGGGCUCCUUAGGGCUGCCAGGGAAGUCUGGCCCGAGGGAGAUGUGUUUGGCUCGACUGAUGUGGUACCUGAAGAAGAACUGGAACUGCUCAAGCAGAUCUUACAUGCAGAGCUGCCAAGGUCAGCUCCUCCUGAGACUCAAAUAGAAGAGGAUGAUGAAGAUGGUGCAGAGCUAGAAGAAGAAGAAGAGUUGGAGGCUGUCCAGGUUUCUGAAACUGAGUUCAAAUUUCUGGACUUCAUCAAGAAGUUUGCCAACCCCAGCAUUGUGCGUCCAUACCUGCUCUUACUCAAAUCAUACUCAACAAACACACCUCACACUAACCACUGCAUUGUUCGAAUGCUUCACCGUGUGGCAUUUGACCUCAAAAUGGAUGCAUUGCUGUACCAGCUGUCCGUCUUCCAUCUCUUCAACAAGAUCCUGAGCGACGCAGCUGCUUCGUCUUACAAGGAGCUGGUCACCUUUGCCAAGUAUGUGCUGAGCCGUUUCUUUUCCCUGGCAGCCACCAACAACAAGGCCUAUGUUGAACUGUUGUUCUGGAAAAAUGUUGGCGCUGUGCGUGAGAUGACUGAAGGCUACGGCAAAGACAGAGUGGAAAAUAUGGCGGCUUGGACUGAGGAGGAGGAGCAAGAAUUGCGCACCCUUUAUGAAGAGCACCGACACUCUGAAGUGCCAGACAUUGUGGAGACUCUGCUUCCAUUGCUAAGCAACAGUACACGCAUACGGAGGCAGGUCGUUACCCAGCUGGUGCGCAUGGGUCUUGUGGACAGCGCUAAAGAGUUGAAGAAACCCAAGAAAGGUACCGCGAUUGUCCUGUGGACCGAGGACCAGGAAGAAGAACUUCAGAUGCUCUAUGAAGAAUACAAAGACUCUGAUGAUGUGCUUGGUAACAUCCUUAAAAAGCUCACAGCCAAGCGCUCACGUGCACGUGUUGUGGACAAGCUGCUCAGUAUGGGCCUGGUGUCAGAGAGACGAGAACUUUACAAGAAGAGGAGUCGAAGUUCUCAUCCAAAGACCUCGGCCACACAAAUAUCUGAAGAGGAAUUCAUUGCUGGACUCACGGAAGAUUUCCCAGAUGAGUCUCUAAACAGAGGGGAAGAUGAGUCUGAGGAGAGUGAGGAAGAUGACGAGGAGGAAAUGAAAGAAAAACAGAAUGCUGGCAGCAGGACGGAGCAAAGCUUUGUGUCUGAAGGGGAGCAGAGAACUAAUUUUGGGGGCAUGGUCACGGCACUGCAUGAGAGAGGGAUGUCUGAAGCCCUCGGGUGGUUACAACGCUGUCUGGACCGAGCAGCUAAGGCCCGUGAGGAUGACGGUUUUUCUCAGGCUGCUCCUCUUGUCCCUCUCAGCGAGACAUGUGAAGAUGCCAUGGAGGACAAGAGCUUCCAUAAGUUGCUGCGCAAACUGGGCAUGCAGGCACCUGCAAAUGAACAGGAGACGUUUUGGAGAAUCCCAGCAAAGAUCAGCCCGUCUCAGCUCCGGCGUGUAGCUGCAUCUCUCAGUCAAAAUCUGGAUGAAUCUAAAGGGGAGAAAGUCCUUGUGGAAGAAGUCAGCCCACCUGAAGAACCUCAAAGUGAAGCCUCCGAUUCACAACGAGAAAACGCUUUGAAGGAGCUAUUGGUUGCACGUAAGAGGAAACGGCUCUCCAACAAAGAUGAAGCUCAUCAGGAUAUGGAAGGAGCGGACAGUUCAUUUGAGAGGCCCCAAGAGAUGUUUAAAGGAAGCAGAGUAUUGGAUGAUGAAGAAGCGGAAGAUGAUGGCUUCAGCACUGCACCGGAAAUGGAAAAGAACAGUGAAGCAGAUUCGGACGAGGAAAAUAUUUCCGCACCGGUGAAGCGGCGACGGAAGAUGCUAGUAAUUGAUGAUGAGGACGAUUAGUUGAGAAUCUUUGCAAUGCAGUUACUGAAGUGAAAACAAAUUACCCAAAGAAACAGUUCCUUCUUAUAAGGCAUAGUUAAUUAGCUUUAAUGUGCAUUAAGAAAACUCGUUGUGUGCUUGAUUGUUAAAGCAGUGUUAUUAAGCAACUGAGGAGUUGAGUGAAUGCAUUAAAGUUCUACUGCGACUCGGAUAAGCACAUCCAGACUGUAUCCACAGACAUCUUUGGAUAUCAUUAUUCUGAUCAACGUGAUAACAAUGAUUGUUAACAUCCCCCUUUGCCAGAUGGCCACCUGUAUUUUGUAGUAAUAUUCUGAAAAAUAUCAUAUUACAAUCUCUUUGAAUUUCAAUAUGAAAAUUCAUGGAUUUUAUGUCUUGUAAUUAAACUUGAUAGGUGCUCUUACAACAAAUGGUGGAACAAAUGCUUUGGUACAAAUAAAAUCAAGUAUUUGUGCUUUCAAGCAAAAAGGUUCUGUGGGCAGAAGAAAAUUAAAUGAAAUUGUAGCUGUAUCGGUCAAGUUUUUGCACAGCAGUAACACAAUUGAAUGGAUCUCAAGGGUGUUUUUUGUUGUCGUUUUAUUUUUUACCUUUAGAUCUUUAACCGGUCCUGUGUUUUGUCGAUAUGUUUAGAAAUGCAUCAACCCUGAACUACAUUAUGAGCAAACAUAACAGUGUAAUGCUAUCCCAUAAAAGAGCUAUAUGAAAUAGUGUAUUAUGUCAUUCUGUAUAUAAGUUCAGUUUUCCAAGCUAUUUAAGUUUUUUUAUUUGGUGAAGUGGCAGCACAGUGGCUCAGCUGGUAAAGUGUUGGCCUCACAGUUCUGAGGACCCGGGUUCAAUCCUGGGCCCGCCUUUGUGGAGUUUGCAUGUUCUGUUCGUGCUUGCAUGGGUUUUCUCCGGGCACUCUGGUUUCCUCCCACAUCCCAAAAACAUGCAAUAUUAAUUGGAGACUCUAAAUUGCCCCUAGGUGUGAUUGUGAGUGCGGCUGUUUGUCUUGAUGUCCCCUGUGAUUGGCUGGCAACCAGUUCAGGGGUUACCCCCGCCUCCUGCGCACUGACAGCUGGGAUACGCUCCAGCACUCUUGUGACGCUCGUGAGGUUAAGCGGCAAAGAAAAUAGAUGGAUGGAUUUAUUUGGUGAAGUGUAGCAUGAUUUAAUCAAAGAUGUACCUUGGUUUUCUAUUCUAGGUAAAUAACAUGGUUUAAGUAUGGUGCGUUGCUCCUAUAUACCUCCAAACUAAAUGUAAAUACUUUGAAACUGAAAAUUAUACUG